AUGAGGCGGAGAGAGCAUCCAACCACCCCAGAGACCACAGCGGCCCUCGUCCAAGCCUGCAAGCAAAAGGUCUUCUCCGUCACAUCAGCCAUCCAUGCCGCCUACAUCAAGGUCCUCAUGAAGCACGCAGACCCCAAAACCCCUACAUCUUACAUCUCGGUACGCCAACAUCGGCGUCUUCGACCUCCGCGAAUACUUUCCAGAGUCAUCAAUAGCAAUGUUUCGCAACACAUGGCUACUCCCCCCCGUUCGCGGUCGACUUGUUGCCGGGUGAGUUUCUCGCCAUUGCGCGGGAUUUAG